GGAAGUUCAUGAUUUGUUGAAAGACUAUGACUUAAAGUAUUGUUAUGUGGACAGAAAUAAACGAACAGCUUUUGUUACCUUAUUGAAUGGGGAACAAGCCCAGAAUGCAAUUCAGAUGUUUCAUCAAUAUUCUUUUAGAGGAAAAGACUUAAUAGUCCAGCUUCAGCCAACAGAUGCUUUGCUGUGUAUUACCAACCUGCCCAUUUCUUUUACAUUAGAAGAGUUUGAAGAACUUGUUCGUGCUUAUGGAAAUAUUGAGAGAUGUUUUCUGGUCUAUAGCGAAGUUACUGGCCAUUCCAAAGGCUAUGGAUUUGUGGAAUACAUGAAAAAGGACUUUGCUGCAAAGGCUAGAUUGGAGCUAUUGGGUAAACAGUUGGGAGCAUCAGCACUCUUUGCACAAUGGAUGGAUGUUAAUCUAUUGGCUUCAGAGCUCAUUCAUUCUAAGUGCCUUUGUAUUGAUAAACUCCCCAGUGACUACAGGGAUUCAGAAGAGCUGUUGCACAUUUUUUCCAGUGUCCAUAAACCUGUAUUUUGCCAGCUUGCACAGGAUGAAGGUAAUUACGUUGGUGGCUUUGCAGUGGUCGAAUAUAGCACUGCGGAGCAUGCUGAAGAGGUCCAGCAGGCAGCAGAUGGUAUGACCAUCAAGGGCAGCAAAGUCCAGGUUUCCUUCUGUGCCCCCGGAGCGCCAGGGCGAAGUACAUUAGCAGCAUUGAUAGCAGCUCAACGUGUGAUGCACAGUAAUCAAAAGGGCUUACUUCCAGAGCCAAAUCCAGUACAAAUUAUGAAAAGUUUAAACAACCCUGCCAUGUUGCAAGUUCUUCUACAGCCCCAGUUAUGUGGACGAGCUGUUAAACCAGCCGUUCUUGGGACACCUCACAGCUUGCCACAUCUGAUGAAUCCAUCCAUCUCUCCUGCAUUUUUACAUUUGAAUAAAGCACAUCAGAAUCUUUCUCAUAUACCACUGGCACAACAACAAUUAAUGAAGUUUGAGAAUAUUCAUACUAAUAAUAAACCCGGCUUACUUGGAGAGCCCCCAGCUGUGGUAUUUCAGACUGCGCUAGGGAUAGGGUCAGUGCUUCCAUUGAAAAAGGAGUUGGGACAUCAUCAUGGAGAAGCACAUAAAACAUCUAGCCUGAUUCCAACUCAAACAACGAUAACAGCUGGAAUGGGCAUGUUACCAUUCUUUCCAAAUCAGCACAUUGCUGGACAUGCUGGGCCAGGGCACAGUAAUACUCAGGAGAAACAGCCAGCCACGGUGGGAAUGGCAGAAGGAAAUUUCUCAGGGUCGCAGCCUUAUCUUCAGAGCUUUCCAAACCUUGCUGCUGGAAGCUUGCUGGCGGGACACCAUAAGCAGCAGCAAAGCCAGCCAAAAGGCACAGAGAUAAGUUCAGGGGCUGCCUCUAAGAAUCAGACUUCACUCUUGGGAGAACCACCAAAAGAAAUUCGGCUCAGUAAAAAUCCAUACUUGAAUUUGGCAAGUGUGUUGCCCAGUGUGUGCUUGUCAUCCCCUGCAAGUAAAACCACUCUUCAUAAGACUGGAAUUGCAAGCAGCAUUCUGGAUGCAAUCUCUCAGGGAAAUGAAUCACAACACACAUUGGAAAAGUGUAUUGCUUAUUCUCCACCUUUUGGUGAUUACGCACAGGUGUCAUCUUUAAGAAAUGAAAAGCGAGGCUCAUCAUAUCUCAUCUCUGCCCCAGAAGGUGGUUCAGUGGAAUGUGUUGACCAGCAUUCUCAGGGCACAGGAGCAUAUUACAUGGAAACUUACUUAAAAAAGAAGCGAGUGUACUGAGUUAAGCUCUCUCCUAAUAACCCCCUAAGGUUCUCUGCAGUAUCUCUGCUGUUCAUCGCUGCCUUAACUUCAUUCAAACUAGCCAUAUCCUUUAAAUACGGGUUUAUAAUUUCCCAGAAGGAACUGUGUUGUGCAGCAGGCAGAAAUGCCAAAUAAAAAAUAGCAAUAAGGAAAGACAUCAAUUGAGGACAUUUUCCACUAGAAUCAGAUGCAUCUUAAUCAGUGUGCUAAUCCAUUGGAGAAACUUACAAUCCAUUGGAGAAACUAACAAUGUUCCACUAUUCCUUGUUUGAGGACUGGGAAUAAUUCUGACACCAUCUAUAAAAGUUUGAAGCAAUAAAUGGGAAGCAGUGUUGUUUCCCGAGCCUUAGAAGAAUGAGUUUCUUACAAGCCAAUGUGCAUUUCAAUUUACUUUCCCUAGAAGUAAUUGCGUUUUUACAUUUUUAAGACUUUUCCUAGAACUACAAGGGUGCAAGUACCAAAUGUGCUGAUGGUAAUAUUAUAAAGAUGCUCUACAUGCAUCUUUACAUCUUUAAUUGUACUCAAUUACACCCACACCAGCCACGCAAAAUUAAACCCGGUAAGAGAGUGACAGUGAUGUCAAAGGUAUCCAGUACUACCGAUGCUUUAAGAUGUUGUUUACCAUUUAUACCUUCUGUGAAAAAUAGAAGGUAUUUUAAGAAAAGUAGCUUUGGCAAUCCAAUAAAGGGGUUGGCACACUACAGCCUCGGGCCACAUUUGGUCUACCACCCGCUUUUGUGCUGCCUGCAAGCUAAGACUAAUGUUUACAUUUUUAAGUGGUUGGCGAAAAAAGAAAAUUUAUGACGUGAAAUUUAUAUGAAAUUGAGAUUUCAGUGUCCAUAAGUAAAAUUUUAUUGGGACGUUGCCAUGCUCAUUCAUUUACAUGUUGUCUGUGGCACUCCUAUGCUACAAUGGCAGAACUGAUUAGCUUCAACAGACUGUAUGGCCUGCAAAGACCAUAUGGCCUAAAAUUUUGACUAUCUGGCCAUUUAUACACAGUGUUUGCUGAUCCCUGAUCUAAUAGCACUAAUUCUAAUAGCAACUAUUCCUUUUAAUUCACCUAAAGACAGACCUUUAGCCUUUGAGACAGACUUGUAGGUGGAAAGGACCAUGGGUUUCUGUGCUCAUUUCAUACCAUAUACUAGUAAUGAUCUAAUGACGGGCCUAUUUUGAUCACUAAAUGCCCUAUUUCCACAAUAUAGUAAAGCAGUCAAUACUGCACUUGCUGAUGGAGUCUUAAGGAGUCACAGUAUUUAUAACCACUCUGAGCUAAUAAGCUAUACCUCACUCUCUGCUCUCUCUCUCUUUGAUAGUGUAUUAGGAUGAAAAAUCAGUUAUUUAACACAAUUUACUUGUGAAAGAAGUUUUAUCUUUACGGAAUAUGACUUUUGACAUCACCAUUUCUUGAAGACCUUGGUAUUAAAUGCAUGAGAAACCUUUUGCCAUCUAGAAAUUUCUAAGUUUGUUUAUUGUUGUAAGACUGUAAUUAAUUGAUAGGGAAUUUGGGAUCUCUGUCCUGCGCUUUUUGAAAUCAGAUCAUUAAAUAUCUUGUCACUUUGGGGACUUGUUAUUUUUAACUAUGAUGUGGAUAUCCUGUUUUAAUUAUGAAGUCUAGAAUUGGUACAUAUGUUGUAUGCUUUGUAAAGAAUUUCACUUGGUCUAAUUUAUUGCAUAUAGUAGCUUCUGUUGGAAAAUGACAGCUACAAAGUUUAAGGUAAUUUCUAAGUAUACUACCUAUAAAUAACUGAUAAAAAUUAGGCAUCAUCCAGUUACAUAGCAGAUGACUAAUGGGUUUUUCACACCCUGCACUUCUCCUUCCUAUUUUCCUGUUGCAUUCAGCCUCUUCAGUGCUUAGUCACACCUCCACUAUGGUGCAAACAGAAGGAAGGAAAAAUGGUGAAUUUUGCAUCAGAGCUGCAAAGUGAAAGCAGGAAGAGGUUGAAGGAAGUAAAACAAAGGUGUCUGGACUACGGCACAGUGGACAUGCCAUCCAUACUGGCCUGCGUCCCAUUAUCACUGGGCACAAUAAUGAAGUGCAAAUCAAGUGGUGUUAGUAAUAAGGACCAUAACCCACCCCCUCCUCCCCCCAAAACUAUACUGUUAUUUUUCUAUGUUAGCAGAUUGUUUGAAAUGCUUUGAAAAUGAAAUCUUUUAAUAUUAAAAGGCAUAUGCAUGUAAA